UUAGUUAGAGGCUUAAAGGACAUGAUGAGGGACUCAAACAGUUCUAAACCCUAAACCACAGAGGAGCCUUAAACCCUUUUGAUCCGGGUGGGUAUGUUCCACUCUGGAAUUAACCCAUCUUUAUUAUGCUCUCUCUCCGUUCCGUCAUCAGAUUAGGCACUCUCAACCACGCCGCCGUCGUCAUCUCCACCGCCGUCGCCGCCGCCUCUUUAUCCACCACCGCCACUCUCUCCGACCCACCUGCCCUCAUCAAACUAAAAUCCGAACGAGACCCAGAAAAGCUAUUCCAUUUGUUCAAAGCCAACGCCCGUAAUCGCCUCGUUGUAGAAAAUCGAUUCGCUUUCGAAGACACUGUGUCCAGAUUAGCUGGAGCUAGACGGUUUGAUUACAUUGAGGAGCUGUUGGAGCAGCAAAAGGGGUUGCCGCAAGGGAGGAGAGAAGGGUUUGUUGUAAGAAUUAUAAUGUUGUAUGGAAAUGCUGGAAUGUAUAAGCAUGCUAUUAAUACUUUUUAUGAUAUGCAUUUGUUUGGGUGUAAGAGAAGUGUUAAAUCUUUUAAUGCUGCAUUGUUGGUUUUGACAAAGACGCGAGAUUUGGUUGCCAUUCAGUCGUUUCUUGAUCGGGUUUCGUUUAGGUUUGGGAUUAGUUUGGAUGCGUAUUCUUUUAAUAUUAUAAUUAAGGCAUUUUGUGAGAUGGGGUUGUGUGAUAAGGCUUGUUUGGUAAUGGCGGAGAUGGAAAAAUUGGGGGUUAAACCGGAUGUGAUUACGUAUACUACGCUCAUUUCGGCUUUUUAUAAGAAUAAUGGGUGGGAGAUUGGGAAUGGGUUGUGGAAUCUUAUGGUGAGAAGGGGAUGUUUACCUAAUUUAACCACGUUUAAUGUUAGGAUUCAGUAUUUAGUUAGUGGGAGAAGAGUUUGGCAAGCUAAUAGUUUGAUGGGUAUGAUGAGGUAUUUGGGGAUUAAACCAGAUGAGGUUACUUAUAAUUUGGUUAUUAAAGGUUUUUGUGUAGCUGGUUACAUGGACAUGGCUAAGCGGGUUUAUUCUGCUCUGCAUGAUGAAGGUUCCAAGCCUAAUGCUAAGAUUUAUCAGACUAUGAUUCAUUACCUUUGUAAAGCUGGUGACUUUGAUGUAGCAUAUACAAUGUGUAAAGAUUGUAUGAAUAAGUAUCGUUCUCUCAAUGUGGCUACUAUCUAUAUGCUACUUGAAGGCCUCAAAAGAAAUGGAAAAAUCCAAAAGGUUGAGUAUAUUAUUACUUUAGCUCAGAAUAGGGUACCUCCCUUUCCUGCACAGCAAGUGGAUGUUAUGAAGUCAAUUUUGUCGAGGAGAUGAAGAAUUUUGUAUUAUAAAGCGGAGUUUAAUAAUUAACCAUCACAGCAGCUUAUAAGGGUCUGCUGUCAUUCUAUAGAUCCAUUCAGACAGACGAAAUAAUUGAUACUACCAAUUUUUAUGGAUAACAUCUUGGCAGAAGACUGCCUAUGUAUCUAAUUUGUUGUUCAGGCGUUCAGCCAUUCUGUUUAAUCAUGUUUCAGCCAAGAUACAGGUCGCAGUUGUGGUCACUACUUAUAUUUUUGUAAGUUUUCUAUCCUAUUAAUGAUUAUAUUUAUGUCACUCCCACACCACAGCCUCCCCCGAGGAAUUCAUAUAUUUCUACAAGCUAUCUAUAUCCGGUUUUAGUUCAAUGACGUCAUGCUCUUACAUUAUUCAUGUCUUGCUGACUUGCUCAUUGUACUGAAAAUUUGAUGGUGAUGAAUAAAAUGGUUACCUGAAUCACUCUUUGUAUAGCAAGCUGCUGGAAUGGUAAUUUCAAAAUUUAAUGCUCUGUUUGAUUGGAAGGAAUGGAUUUUGGUGCCAAUGGAAUGAAACUGUUCUAUUUUGUGGGUAAGUAAUAUAAUCAUUUGUAACCCCUCCAUUUAGUUCUUUUAAGUUUAAUCUUUGUUCCCCAGCUUUUCCUACUAUCACUUCAAUCCAUUUAUUGUAAUUAGCGGAGCAUCAUUGUUAGCAUAAUUGUUAGCAUUUACCAUCACAUGUUUUGUGACACAUUGUUACAAGCAUCUAGACUUGAAUUUACAUGUGGACAUGUUGAUAAUUUACUCUUCUACUGAAGUCAUGAGAGCUAACAGACAACAGUAUACUAUCGCUAAGUCAAAAUAGUUAGACUCAGACACGGGUGUGGAACACUCAAACAAAUUAGAUGUAACUAAGUUCUUAGGAUGAAAAAGAUGCUUGAAUCAUUAAAUUAACCUCACUCAUAUGCAUAUAUUUUAAGUAGAACACAUGAAAAGUAUUGUUUAUUAACCAAUUUAAACAACAUUCCCCUUUUUUAAGGGUGAAUGUAUGAGUUCCUUUUACCCUACAUUGGUAUUGAUGAUGCGAGGUAUGAAGGUAUUCUGUUUUACGAUAAGUUCGAUAAUGGAAUUGAGUGAUGCUCUGAUACAUGAUCCAUUGAGGGAGAAAUGUGAAAAAGUGUUUGAUAGGUCGAGCACUCCUUUACAAGAAUGUUACAUUGAUUUUACUCUUAGAUAUUUGUUGCUGAUUAGUAUUUUCAACAACAUAUAUUGAUACAUGUAUUGGUAAUUAGCAUUUUCAACAACAUAUAGUGAUACAUAUAACGGCAUUUUACUUGUUAAUGGGUGGCAUAUCCUGCCAUACGAUCUGUGCACAGCAUAGGAUCCUGAUCCUCUAUGGGCGUCAUAACCUCGUAAUGACCUUGCUCUAGUUAUUAUAGAAGAGGUAAUGCUUUUAGUAUUUACCUGAAAAGGCAAUAACUGCCUUUAUGGAGUCUAUACUACAACAACUAUGGCAUAUGGUGUUAUUAUAAUCUUAUAAGCAGAUUCAAGAACAUGAUGAACCAUAGACCACAGUGGAUGAAACUGGUAUGAACCUUAGGUUUCCCCAAAAAAGAAAAAUAAUAACUUUAAAAUUGCCUUUAUUUACUGAUUAUCUUAUUUUAUUGGAAGCUAGGGUAUAUAAUCUUUGAGGACUAUGAGAUGAUAUUGGAGCAUUUUUCCUAGAAACACUUUAUUGGGAGUUUGGAAAUUUGCUCUUAGAGGGAUCAGUGGUGGCAGUGAUAUGACCUCGUGAGACACCAGACAUGGAAGUAUACUAGUGCCGUGGUCUGAGGGGAAAAGGUAGCAGUUCUUAAAUUUGAAGUGUUCAUAGGGAAAAACAGUAGGGUGCCAUUUGGAUCAUGGGAAUGACAUUUCAAUACAAAAAUGUAUUAGAAUCUCAUCUUCAUGCUUAUUAAUUGGGCUGGAAUCCUGUGAUCCGAAUGAACCUUGAUGUUUAACGUAUCGAAGUCAUUUAUGUGCAAUCUAGGCAUAUUAAUGUUGGGAAGGGAUGUUGGUCUCUCAUAUUAAUUGAGGAAAGGGCGUACUGCCUUGGGGAAGCUCAUUCAGCUCUGCUGCGUGUAUACGAACCCAAUCAAGACAUUAGGAAAGUGGGAAUUAAGCUCACUUAUUGUGAACAGUAUGGGUGCAGGAGCAGAGUACAUGUACAAACUUGGUGCUUACGUGGAACGACUAUGAGCAAAAAAAUUCUGCUACUUCCCCCACGGGGCAAUAAACAUCAAGAGAACUUGCACAAUGUCCGGAGGGUGGCAAAAAAAUUCUGAGCUGCUUCAUGUUCCUUUUCACGAAAGCAGGAGAACUUAUGGUAUGAAAUGGCAUUGCGGAUGUGAUUGUUGAAGCUGUGUUCUCUAUGAAUUCUGUAUAAAUUAUACGAAGUAGCUGAGCCCAUGACCUUGUUGGCAAAUUUUAUCACGGCUGGUAGGUGUCAAAUUUGACGGUGGAAAGCAGAGAUAACGCAAGUAGGCAAUACAUGUACAGACUUGUAGGUGUCAUUCAAAUUUGAUUUAACCAAUUCGUUAGUUUCCGGAUUGGAAUCCAUAUUUGGAUGUAAUUCAUUUUAUAAAUGUAUAUUACAUUUUAUACGUUAGUUUCCGGAUUGGAAUCCAUAUUUGGAUGUAAUUCAUUUUAUAAAUGUAUAUUACAUUUUAUACAAUACAUUUGACUAAGUAUUAGGAUUUUAUAAAAUUGUAUUCGGAAACAUAUAAGUCAUAUCAAAUGAUAUGAUUUAAGGCUAUAUUUUAAAUUAUCAAUUUCAAAGUUUGUACUA